GUGCGUUCAAUGUAUACAAAGCCAUUUUAUAGUUUCUUCUUCCACAUAGCUCCCCUUAAAGCUCUGUAAAACUGACCCUCUUCCCAUCAUACUAAUUAAUGGAUUCUUCUUUUUUCCUUACCACUGUUGCUGCUGCAGUAGGGGUCUUUACACUUUUGAGAAAACUCAGAAUCCACAAGGACAACGUUGAAAAAGAUUGUUCUUCUUCUUCAUCAGUUCUUCCACCUUCUUCUCCUUCUCGUAUCUGGACACAUCAUGUCUUUCCUAGCUUCCGCGGGGAAGAUGUCCGCAGAGACUUCCUCAGUCAUAUUCAGAUGGAGUUUCAAAGAAAAGGAAUCACUCCUUUCGUUGAUAAUGAAAUCAAAAGAGGAGAAUCUAUCGGUCCCGAGCUCAUUAAAGCCAUUAGAGGAUCCAAGAUCGCUAUUAUCUUGAUCUCUAGAAACUAUGCAUCCUCUAAAUGGUGUCUUGAUGAACUGGUGGAGAUUAUGAAGUGUAGGGAAGAGUUGGGUCAAACUGCAAUGGCUAUUUUCUAUAAAGUGGAUCCAUCUGAUGUUAAAAAGCUGACCGGAGAUUUUGGGAAAGUUUUUAGAAGAACUUGUGCUGGUAAAACAAAAGAGGACAUUGGGAGAUGGAGAGAAGCUUUGGCAAAAGUGGCUACAAUAGCUGGUUAUCAUUCAAGCAACUGGGAUAAUGAAGCGGCCAUGAUCGAGAAAAUCGCCACUGAUAUUUCCAACAUGCUGAAUAAUUUCACACCAUCAAGUGAUUUCGAGGAAUUAGUUGGAAUGAGAGCUCAUUUGGAAAAGAUGGAACCAUUGCUGUGCCUAGACUCAGAUGAAGUGAGGAUGAUUGGGAUUUGGGGUCCUCCUGGGAUUGGGAAGACCACAAUCGCCAGAGUCGCAUACAACCAACUCUCCAACAGUUUUCAACUGAGUGUCUUUAUGGACAACAUCAAAGCAAACUGUUCAAGACCAUGUUCCGAUGACUACAGCGCAAAGUUGCAGUUACAACAACAGUUCAUGUCUCAAAUAACCAACCAUAAGGAUAUGGUGGUUUCUCAUUUGGGAGUUGCCUCAAAUAGGUUGAAAGACAAGAAAGUUCUUGUUGUUCUUGAUGGUGUGGACCAAUCAGUACAACUAGAUGCAAUGGCGAAAGAGACUGGUGGUUUGAGUCGGAUUAUCGUUACAACACAAGAUCAUAAACUUUUUAGAGCACAUGGGAUCAACCAUAUUUACAAGGUGGGGUUUCCGCCAACUGAGGAGGCUCUCCAAAUCUUUUGCAUGUAUUCUUUUGGUCAAAAGUUCCCUAAAGAUGGUUUUGAGGCGCUUGCUCUAAAAGUCACAGAACUUGCUGGUAGUCUCCCUUUGGGGCUAAGGGUUAUGGGCUCCUACUUUCGGGGAAUGUCCAAGCAAGAGUGGACAAGGUCUCUACCAAGACUGGAGGCUAGCCUUGGCGCUGAUAUUCAAAGCGUCUAUGAUGCUCUAGAUGAUGAAGAUAAAGAUUUGUUUCUUCAUAUAGCCUGCUUCUUCAGCUUAGAGAAGAUUCACAAAGUAGAAGAACAUCUUACAAAGAAGUUCUUGGAAGUGAGGCAAAGACUUAACGUCUUAGCUGAGAAAUCUCUCGUAUCUAUCGACUCCGGAUAUAUAACAAUGCAUAGUUUGCUAGAAAAACUAGGCAGAGAAAUUGUUUGUAGACAAUCUAUCCAUGAGCCUGGACACCGCCAGUUUCUGUACAAUAAAAGAGAGAUUUGUGAAGUACUGAUUGGUGAUGAAACAGGUAGUAAAAGUGUCAUAGGCAUACAGUUUGACCGCAACGGAAUCGAGGAGAAAUUAGAUAUUAGUGAGAAAGCCUUCGAAGGGAUGUCUAAUCUCGAAUUCUUAAAAGUCUAUGGUUAUCAUGAUACAAUGCAAUUAAAUCGAAGUCUGAACUAUCUGUCUCAUAAACUUCGAUUACUACAUUGGAGUCAUUUUCCAAUGACAUGUUUUCCUUGUACUGUGAACUUGAAGUUCCUCGUGGAACUAAUCAUGGAUCACAGCAAGCUUGAGAAUUUGUGGGAAGGAAAAAAACUGCUUCCAAGUCUGAAGUGGAUGGAUUUGAGUUAUUCUGUAAACUUGAAGGAGCUCCCCGAUCUCUCAACUGCCACUAACCUUGAGAAAUUGUAUCUGAAUGAUUGCUCCAGCUUGGUGAAGCUUCCUUGCACUAAUGGGUAUACCAAUAAUCUUGAGAAGUUGGAUCUUCGUAAUUGCUCGAGUCUUAUCGAGCUCCCUUGGUCUUUUGGUAAUUCCACUAAGCUCGAGAAACUAUAUCUUGGUGGAUGCUCAAGUCUUUUGGAGCUACCUUCCUUUACUGGGAAUGCUAUUAAACUCCAAAGUCUGGAUCUCGGUGUCUCAAAUCUGUUGGAGCUUCCUUCUUCUAUUGGAAAUGCCACUAAUCUAGUGGACCUGGACCUUAGUAAUUGCUCAAAUCUUGUGGAACUUCCUCUAUUUAUUGGAAACCUAAAGAAGUUGCAGGGGCUGAGAUUAGAAGGAUGCUCUAAGUUGGAGGUUAUUCCCACUAACAUCAACUUGGAAUCUUUGGAUAUACUUAAUCUCAGAAACUGCUCCAUGCUGAAAAGUUUUCCUCAGAUAUCCACAAACAUUAGACAUCUCGACCUCACAGGAACUGCAAUUGAAGACGUGUCUCCCUCCAUCAGGUCAUGGCCUCGUCUGGAUAGGUUGCUGAUGACAUACUUUGAAAACCUCAAGGAGCUCCCUCAUGCUCUUGAAAGAAUCACAAGCCUGCACUUGAACACAGAAAUACAAGAGUUUCCUCCUUGUGUCAAGAAAAUAUCUUCUCUUCAUGAGAUCUUUCUCAGAGGAUGUAGAAAGUUGGUAUCAAUACCAACGAUUUGGGAUUCUAUCUCCUACAUGGAUGCAACAGACUGUGAAUCCCUGGAGAUACUUGAAUGCUCAUUUCGCAAUCCAUCGGUUUGGCUCAACUUUGCCAACUGCUUCAAACUGAAUCAAGAAGCGAGAGACUUGGUCAUCCAGACUAGUAUAGAUGCAGUCUUACCAGGUGGAAAAGUGCCUGCAUACUUCACUCAUCGAGCUACUGGUGCGGGUCCACUGACAAUCAAGUUGAAUGAAAGGCCUCUUCCUAUAUCCAUGAGCUUUAAAGCUUGUAUAUUGCUGGUUAGUAACGGUGACCAUGCCGCUUGCUAUACAGAUGAAUGGACGGAUGUGACUGUUAUGUAUAACAAUGAAAGUUAUAUGUUAUAUCCACCUUUGGCAGAGCAUCUGUACACAUUCCAAGUGGAAGCGGAGGUUACUUCCAGCCAGCUUCUGUUUGAGUUCAAGCUGAAAAGCAACAACGUUUGGAAGAUAGGAGAAUGUGGGAUAGUUCAACACUUGGAGGUCCCUUCGUAACAGAAUGAAGACUUCUCUCAAUUGGAUACAGUAUAAAGUUAAUGAUCUAUAUACAGUACUCUGUUUUUAAUGAACAGUUAAUGAAGACUUCUCUCAGUUAAAGCCAAGACGAAGAUAAACCUGUUGUCUAUUGUAACCAAUUGUUUCUCAUAUCAUAUGCCAUUGAAAAUUUAGAAUUUGUUAUGCCAUGACUUUGUGAAAUUAGAAUUUGUUAUGCCAUGACUUUGCGUAUCAUCCCUUGUCAACAGUGUAGG